AGAGUCUCCCCCCUCCCCCUACCCUCCCCAUCGUCAGACAGACAGACAGACAUGGACGACACUUACGAUAACAGGACUUCUCUGGCCAAGGGGGCCAAGGGCAUAGUGAAGGAGGCCAAACGGCACGCCGCCAAGAAGGUGGGCAAGGUGGUGGACCGCGCCACAGACGAGUACUCGUCCCACCGCAACUACACGCGCUUCCAGGACGACGAGGAGGACGAGGAGGACGAGUUCUACCGCGGCGACGCCGGCAACGGCGCCAAGGAUGGCGGGGGUUCCCGUGACAACGACGAGGGCUCGAGCGACGCCACGGAGGGCCACGACGACGAGGACGAGAUAUACGAGGGGGAGUACCAGGGCAUCCCCUCCAACGGGAAGCCCGGCGGGGGGAAGGUGGCGCUGGGGCAGCCGCUGUCGGACGCCGGCCGGGACAGGAAGGAGCUGGAGCAGGAGCGGCAGGCGGACGAGGAGGAGCUGGCCCAGCAGUACGAGCUCAUCAUCCAGGAGUGCGGCCACGGGAGGUUCCAGUGGCAACUCUUCCUGGUGCUGGGGCUGGCGCUGAUGUCGGACGGCGUGGAGGUGUUCGUGGUGGGCUUCGUGCUGCCCAGCGCCGAGACGGACAUGUGCGUGCCCAACUCCAGCUCUGGAUGGCUAGGCUGGAGUUUCAGCAUGGGCUCAGCCUACCAGUUCCACAGUUGGAGGGUGUUUGUGGUGGUGUGUGCCCUGCCCUGCGUCUGUGCCGUGGUGGCCCUCACCUUUAUGCCUGAGAGCCCCAGGUUCUAUCUAGAGGUGGGGAAGCAUGACGAGGCCUGGAUGAUCCUCAAGCAGAUCCACGACACCAACAUGCGGGCGCGGGGGCUGCCGGAGAAAGUCUUCACCGUGAACAGAAUAAAGAUCCCCAAGCAACUGGAUGAACUGGUGGAAAUGGAAUCGGAAUCUGGCAACCCGGUCUCCAAAGCAUUCUUCAGAAUCAAAGCGGAGAUAUAUGGGAUCUACGUGAAUCUGAAAAAGUGUUUCAACUACCCCAUGCGGGAGAAUAUGAUUCGCCUUGCCAUCGUGUGGUUUACGUUGUCGUUUGGGUACUAUGGGCUGUCAGUGUGGUUCCCUGAUGUCAUCAAGCACCUCCAGGCGGAUGAUUACGCCUCCAAGGUGAAGAGCCACAGCAACGAACGCAUUGAGGACAUUACCUUCAACUUCACCCUGGAGAACCAGAUUCACACCAACAGCGUCUUCGUCAAUGACAGAUUCAUCGGCAUGAAGUUGAGGUCGGUCACCUUUGUGGACUCCACCUUCCGCUCCUGCUACUUCGACGAUGUCACAUCGGUGGGCUCCAUCUUCCGCAACUGCACCAUUAUCGGAUCUCAAUUCUUCAAUACAGACAUCGAUGACUCCAAGUUGAUCGAUGGCACCGAGGUGAUCAACAGCACUUUCGUGCACAACAAGACGGGCUGCCAGAUGACGUUUGAUGAUGACUACAGCGCCUACUGGGUCUACUUCAUCAACUUCCUGGGGACCCUGGCUGUACUGCCGGGAAACAUCGUGUCUGCUCUCCUCAUGGACAAGAUCGGCCGCUUAUCCAUGCUGGGUGGCUCCAUGGUUCUGUCGGGCAUCAGCUGUUUCUUCCUGUGGUUUGGCACCAGCGAGUCCAUGAUGAUAUUCAUGCUGUGCCUGUACAACGGCCUGAGCAUCUCAGCGUGGAACUCCCUGGACGUGGUCACCACAGAAUCCUUCCCCACAAGCAGGAGGGGGACAGGGUUUGGCUUCUGCAACGCCCUGUGUAAGCUGGCGGCCGUGAUGGGGAACCUGAUAUUCGGCUCCCUGGUGGGCAUCACCAAGGCCAUCCCCAUCCUCAUGGCCUCGUCCGUCCUGGUGGGCGGCGGCCUGGUGGCCCUCCGGCUCCCAGACACCCGGGCAAAUGUACUCAUGUAACCCCCCCCCCCCCACCUUCCCAUCCUCUUCCUCCCAAUCCACCUCCUCCCCAUCCUCCUCCUCCUCCUCCUCCUCCUCCCCAUCAUCCUCUUCCUCAUAGGAGUGGUGCAAAGGGCUUGGUUCUUAUGUGAACACGACCGAAGACAGGCUCGCUCUCAUUUGGUGUUUCGGACCAUCUCUGACGGUCUAAUGCUAAUUAAGAUGGUCAUCUUUUUCUUGCUGUCGCUGAGGAACCUUAUGAUUCUUUGAUGGUUCAUGAUUGUAUUAAUGAUCAUGGAAAUUUGAUUAUGCAAAUACACAAUUGGACUUGAUUAGAUGAGAGAUGAGCAAUUUUAAAUUAAUGCCUCCACAUGUUAAGGAUAAUAGACUACCAUUCAUCUUAUUUUUAAACGGGGUGAACCACAUCUAGACCAAUGAUUCCAGACGAGAUGUCUUGGAUAUAGGGUGAGUGACAAAAUACAUGGCUGGAGCUUGUAGGGUAACCUAAUGAGAUCACGAGAUGUCUGAUAUUGAUACAGUCCUAUUAGGACAGGAGGACAGAUGGGGAGGUGAGUCAAAACAAGCCGUAAUGAGCAGUGCCAACCUGCUGUGGGGAAAUGAGGAUCAGAAGGGCCAGACACACUCACACAUCUGUAUGACAGCUGGCUCUAGCCCACAGAACUCACACAGGAACUGCCCCUAGACACACAAAAGGCUACGACGUACACAACAACACUCAUCAAACUCAAACACAUGUAUACACACACACACACACACACACACACACACACACACACACACACACACACACACACACACACACACACACACACACACACACACACACACCAAACUUAAACAAACAAAAAGACACAGAUACAGAGAUAGCAUAUAUUUGCGUGUUAAAAAUAAUAAAAAAAGUUGGUCAAAUAAUACGUUUAAGCCAGUUUUCGCAAUUCAAACACGAAAUGUAGUCUGCAACUUUUACCCAUUCUAAUGAGUCUUUGGGUUGUAGAUCAUCUUUGCAGAACACAAAAGUCCUUUGCACUACCCCUACCCCCUACCUAAGAAUAAAAAGGCCAUAUGAAAAUAACUAUGUAUUUGGUUGUAUGAUAUGUUAAAAUAUCAACAUGCUUGUUUUUUUGCUUCUAUGUGAAAAUGACUCUUUAAUGUCUUCCCACGAAAAAAAGCAGAGUUUGAAAACAUUUUUGUCAUGAUGUUGGCUUGCACUCCCCGCGCGGUGUCAUCGUGGCUCUCUGACCAGGGCUGUGCUUCAUUGAAACAUUUGGAAUCAGCGCGGUGUAGGAUCUUGCUCAUGGCACUGGCUUUGAUGUUGACAUAUCAUGCUGAUUCCUUUUUUCAAAAUACUGAAUAGCCUUUUUAAAUGUGCCUCUCCAUCUCUGGAGCACCCCCCCCCCUCUGAAGGUUAGAUUGGAUGGACAGAAAAUGUACAGGAUGUAAAAUAAGAAAAAAAGAAAGAUAUACCGUUCAUAUCAGAGUGUAUCCGGAGCAGACCUCAAAUAUAUUGCUUAUGGUGGCAAAAUGAUGCUCCGUCCAUUACCAAUGUUAACCAUUGGAACCAUUUGACCGAGCCAUAUCCAAAUAUCAUACUAUAUAAAAAAUAUUAUAUGUGUGUGUGUACACAGAACACAAAAAGCCCAGGCAAAGAGUUUAAAAUAUCCAAGCUUAGAAUGACUAGGUCAUUGUGACAUUAGCCCCAGAUGUGGGAGAAUACCAUUUUACAAACUGCCUUUUUUUUGGCUAAGAUACCAAUGGAGCAUAAUAUGAUAAAAUGGUGCAAUAUAUUAUGCAUCAGCGCAGAAUGCUGGCGCCAAACAGUAUCCAGCUGCAACAGCUGAAUAACUGUCUAAAAGGUAACAGUGUCACAUUUCCAUAGUCAGCCAGGUAAAAUGUUCGUGUAGUUGUAGUUUAAGAUUUUAAAACUGAUAUCAUACUGUCAUAUCAAUCAAAAACAUAGUUCACAUGCCAUCAACUGUUACAUCUGGCCAAAAUGUUUCCUAAAUGUUGAAUGAAAUUAGCUCCAUAAACACUUCCAUCCAAUCUCCAGGAAAAAGUAAACUAGUGUCCUCAAAUCCCAUUUUGUUUGUGCCUGUAGUUUGUAUUUGCUGUUGCUAUCGGCCUGUGUUUCCCUGGUUCAAUUUUUGUGUAGUAUCUGUGAUCGUAGCUUUGAGGUAGUCUAGCUUUCUCCUUGUACUACCAUGGGCUUUUUUUUUUUCCAAGGCUGUCUAAGGAAAAACACAGCAAGGAUGUGUGUGAUUUCAUGGACUCCAUUUGGAUCAACCACCUGUGUGUCGGUGAGCUGCUAAUGUGUAACAGAUAUUUUUAGACGAUAUGUUUUUUAACAAAAAAAAAAGAAUAUAUAUAGGAUUUGUAUUGUCAGCAACAGCAGUUGCACUGAUAUAAACCAGUGUCAAAACAAAGCUACUGGUCCGUGCAGCCCUGUCCAUACUAUUCCAUCAGAAGAUUGCAGAAUAACAUGAGAACUGCAUCUAUAUUUUUCCAAGUGUGUUAAAAGCUUGACAUUUAACUUGUGAAUCUGUUGUAUUUAAAUUAUUUAUUUAUUUAUGUAUGUAUUUAUUCAUUUAAAUAUUUAUUUAUUUCAGGGUGGCAUGUUAUUAAUUGGGUUUCUGGUUUUGCUGUUAUGCAGUGAAAUUGUAUGUGCAUUUGUGUGUGUGCGUGCGUGCGUGCGUGCGUGCGUGUGUGUGCGUGCCUGUAUGUGUAUGUGUGUAUGUCUUUGUGUCUGUUUGUAAAUCUGUUUGUGUAUGUGUGGAUGAACGAGUGUUCAUAUACUAUGUAUGAGUGUGUCCUUGUUUUUGACCACGUUUGUGUGCAAGGUGUGACUGUGUUUGUGUUGACAGUGUAAAUAUUGUACAUAUCAAAGCUGAUAUAGGUGGAGUUCUGCAUUCAGUGUGUGUGUGUGUGUCCCUCAAUACAAUACAAUCAUGCGGUGUCAUGCUUGGCCCAAGCAAGUGUUCUGUAAUACUGUGUCAAUUGUUGUACAUCUCUGUGUGUCCAUGUCUCCGAGCUUCAUUCUUCUAAACAACUAUGUGUGUACAAAUUUGCAUGGAUGUAGAAAGAAACGUCUUUCUUUUCUGCUUAACCUUGUGUUUCGUAUUGUAAAUUCGCCAGGCAGACGAUAAAGGCAUACUAUGUUGAUUGAUGUUGUAAGAGGAAGGAAAUGUGAAUGUAUCACACUUGUAAGUUAUUUUCCCCAUUUUAUGCAAGUCAACAAAGACGUGUGACAAGGGAGUUUGUGAAGUUGUUGUGAAAGAAAAUAAAUGGGAGAGAAGUUGCUGAAGGCCUGGACCCGUUUCAAGGUUCCGAAGGGUGGAAAAAAGAAACGAUUAUUUUCCAUGUGUUGCUAUGUGAAUACAAUUAUAAAUGGGAAAGCAAGCAGAGAUUACAGAUGACUACUUGGUAUUAAAUAAAAUUCCAAACUGUUCACAA